UAACGCGGAGCCUCAUUUACCUAAGAAGCCACCCCUAAGCCGAGAAGUGAACCUCUUCUGCUCAAUCUCUUUGGUUUCCAUGGAAAAAUCAAAGUUAUCAAAUCAGAGAAGUGAACGUCGACUCCCACCAUCACCAGAGGUAGCACCUUGGCUUGUUAUCCCACAUGGGAACUAUUGUAAGUUUCAAACUUUCUUAAAUUUAUUUGAAAAUCCGAACAAAUCCUACAAACAAUUCAUACCAGAAUUGAGUGAAAAAAGAUUUUGGCAAAAAAAUUGUCAUCAAGGUUGGUUAAUUAUUGUUUGUGAUGAGGAUGAUGAUCCACAUUUCAGUAAUGGAGAUUGUUUUCUAUGGGAUCCUAGUUCCCUAGAGAUUGUUAUGUUACCUAAUUUAAACCAUUUUAAUCAAUUAGAUGGAUAUCAUAUCAAGGAUUGUCUUUUGUCUUCGCCUCCACGGAGCAGCCGUACUAGUAUUGUGGUGGGGAUGGGAUUGAGGGUAGUAGUAGUAGCAGUAGCAAUCAUAGCCAUAGUGGUAGUAUUAGUAGAAGUUGUAGUAGGGAUGAUGUUGAUGAUGAUGAUUCAAUUGUUUAUAUCCUUUAUGGUGGAGGUGGAAAUUCAGACUUUCUUAUUUAUUGUCACCCUGGUGAAAAAGAAUGGGGAAAACAUGAGUCUGUUGAUAAGAUCGGAAGAAUUGAAUCGAUGUUUUAUUUUAAAGCCAAGUUAUAUGUAAUGUGUUUGUGCUUGGAACUCUUGGAGAUAACAAUACAAUAUGGUACAAUCAGUAUAAAUGAGUUGAUUACCAAGAAUGAAGAUAAAUUAUUUAAGUCAGAAAGAGUAGGUGGAAGUUUCGAUCAUCGUAGUCACUCAUAUUAUAUGGAGUCUUUUGGUGAAGUUUUUAGAAUCGACAGGUAUUUCAUUGAAAGAGGUGAUUAUGCGCACUCUAUAACCAAAAUAAUUGUAUCAAAAUUGGAUUUCUCUUCAUUGACUUGGGAGGAAGUGAAAAUUUUGAAGGACUAUGUCUUCUUCAUAAGCUACUUUAGUGAUACGCAACUGUCUUGCUUGGCAUCAGACUUGGGUUUAUCAAAAGGUUGUGUGUAUUUUACACUAAAAUGUGACCUGAGCUUGUACAAGUAUGACCUGGAGGAUGAAAGCAUUUUACUUUCUUUACCGUGUCUUGAUAUACCAACACCAUGGAUGUCGCCCAGAUGGCUGUUGAUUCCUACAACUUCCAGGGUUGAUGAUAGUAGAACAACAACAGACCUUAUGCUAGGAGAGGAUGAAGACAUAGAAAAAGUUAUAAAGGCAACAGACAGCAGAACUGGUACUAUAGAUAAGGAUGAGGCUAAAAAGGAUACUGAACAAGCAAGACUACUUAUCAAGCUUGAUGAUGAUAUAGUGUGGGCCGUGUCAGAUUUUCUUCAUACACUGGAUUAUGUGCAUUUGCGUGCAGUUAGUAAAAAAUAUCGAUCAGUAAUAGAUCUGAGAAGAUACUCUUCUACUAGGACUGUACAGACCACAGAUAUAUCUCCAUGGCUAAUUUCCCCCAAGUAUGAUCAAUCCAUUUUCAAUUUCAUAAACCCAAUGCAUGAUAAUGAGAACUACCUCUUCAACAUCCCUGAGUUGCUGAAAGGUUCUAGAAUUCGGUUCUCGAAAGGUGGAUGGUUGCUCAUGUCGAAAUGCGAGACUUUGUUCUUCUACAAUCCAUUCACGAAAUCUACUGUCAGACUUCCGGACUUGCCAAAUGUUAAUGGUUUUAGCUACACAGGUAUUUCGUUCUCGUCCUUACCGACUGCUUCAGAUUGUUUAGUAUUUGCCAUCGACAAAGAAUUAUUCAGGGAUCAAGUUGGUGUCUUCUUCAUUAAAAGGGGAGAUAAAGAGUGGUCAUAUGAUCUCUACACGAAUAUUUACUUGCCCGAAAAGAAAAACCUAGAUUUUGAGCUAACUCUCAACAAUCCAGUAUUCUACCGCGGAAGAUUCUAUUGCUUAGACCACAAUGGAACAUUGGGAGUAUUAUUGGGAGUAUUUAAAUACGAACACCCAGACAUUAGUUGGGAAAUUCUAUCCAUGAAAGCCCCGCCUAAUUGUGGAUUUAUCUACAAUAGUUUUUUGGUGGAGUGUGAAGGACAACUUAUUUCGGUGUUACUAGGUCGUUUAGGAAAUUGGGUUCGUAUUUUCAGAUUGAACGAAACCAAAAUGGUUUGGUCUGAAGUUAAACAUUUGGGGCGACAUAUGUUGUUUCUCAGCAGUACAUCUUGUAUCUCAGCAAUUGCUCCGACAAGUCAAAUGGAGAACAAAGUCUACUUUCCGAGGUUGCAUAAUGAAGGAAUUUUGUAUUAUUCUCUUGAUACCGGUAUGUAUCACUCUCUUGGUAGUAGACAUUCUGCUAAAGAUUAUCGUGGUUCGAACGAGAAAUUACACUGCAGUUGGAUCGAACCCAAUUGGUCAGAGAUCUCAGAUGACCAUCUUGAUUGGCUUAACAUCUAGAGAUACAUUAUCAGCUACUCUUGCAGUUUGUUUUCCUUUCUUUAUUAUUUAUACGUAUUGUAUGAACUUAACAGUAGUGUUUUCUUAUCUAUAAGUUGUUUCCUUGAAAUUUCUUAUUAGGAUGGGCAGUGAGUGCAUUUGUGUUGAUCAUCUGAAUGCUGAAAUUCAAUUGUAUUGAUGUUUUCUUUUUUAA